UGCGGGGCAGGCAGAUACACAGUUUCUGUUUUGUAUUCGUCAAACGUAUCGCUAGAGUGAAGUUGUAUGGUAUGCGCGUCGGUAGUGCACGCGUUCACAAUGCGCCGCGAAAAAGCUAACAUUCCCGCGCAAGUGCCUCACAACUAGAAACAAAACAGUGUGAAUCAAAGUUUACAAAGAGAAAUUGUGCGUUAUUGUUUUACGUAAUCAACAUACAUUUUGUGUUUUGACGUUUUGAACUGGAUUUCCUACAUGUCCUGUGACUUUUGAAACUUUUACGAAAAGUUGCGGGUCGUAUCGCUUUCCACGCUUCCGUGAAAGUGUCGCCCGGUUGGCAGGAUGUCCAACUUCCAACGAACGCGCAGCAAGGUCUGGUGGGGUGACUCGCCGCCGAACAUUGGGAGCCCAGUGGCCCAGAACCAGCCGAAGGAGGACCAAGAUUGGGAGCCUCAACUACCUCACUGGAUUGCCAACCAAGAAGAAAGGAACGUCAGCUUCGAAAACAUCGCGCCACCGAACAAUGCACACAUCAACAACCAGUGGCCGCUUCGGCACGGAAGUCCAGGUAGCCAUAAAAGCCAGGAUUCAGGAUUUUCUGACUCCGACAGCUCGCCGCCACCAUCGCAAUAUUACGCUUCGCCAGACAUCAAUGACAGCAAGAAUAAAUCUUCUAGCAGCAGCGAUUCAAACAACAACGAAAAUAUUACUGUGAAGUUAGCUAAAGACUUCCAAAACACGCCGAGUAAAGACGUUGUCGAUAACCCGAAGAUGCCAGACGUCGUCAUCACUGGGGCUCCAACGCCCAAACCACGCCUCCGAAGCAGCAGUGUCAUACAAUGCCCAUACGACUUACAGAUGUAUUAUGAAAUCCACAACGACCAGGAGCACAUAGAAUUACUAAAAGAUAAAGAUACAGAUGAUAUAAGUAAGACAGAACCCAAAUACCCCGCUCCGAGAAAUAUAAACAACGAUAAGUCAAAAGACAAGAAAAAUAUCUCACCGAAACCUCCUAGCUCUAAAUUUAAUGUUAAAACAGGGAAUAACAUAGAAAUUAAAGGCUCUUCUCCAAAUUACGUAAGUAACAAAGAAAAUACUCCUAACAAAAGUGCAAUACAGAAUGAUACCAAAGAUAUACCAGUUAAAAACUUAAAUGUAUUAAGCCCAUCGAAAAAGUAUCCUGUUAAAAAAUCUUUUGUGUCGAGCACAGAAAGUAUUACCAAAGUUAGUAAAGUAGCAAAAGUAAAAGAUUUAGAGACUAGUAAAAAUAAAUCAGACGAGAGUUUGGAAUAUAUCAAACUAGCUGAUGAUAAUGAAAUUGCUGUCAAUAAUCAACCCAGAGUCCGAACACCUAUAUCCAAUGUAUCCUAUAUACCAACUGAAAGAAUAUCGAAAUCAAAACCUGAUUACAGAAGAAGUAUGUCAAAUGAAGAGGAAGCUCCAAUUUCUAUUACUCCAAAAUUCCAAAGAAAUAGGCUAAAUAAAUCACUUAACUUCGAAGCUCAACGGUUAGAUCAGCAAAUUUUGGAUAUCCAAGAUGGUUAUCACUCAUUAGGGCACAUAGAAGAAGACCAAAUAGCUGAAGAGUCUCAAAUGGACGGUCUAGAAGUACAUAAACCGACCAAAGCAAUUCUCGGGAAAAAUAUUAUGGACAGUUUACAUCUGAAGCCCAACAAAAAGCCAGGACCUAAAGCAAAACAACGAUUAGGGGCUAGAAUACUUCCUUCUAAAAGGGAGAAACCAGGAGUUGUAGAAACUCACGCUGGAGGUAUUCUGGAAGGGAGCAGGGUACCAUCACUUGGCUUGCCUCGAGUAGCUGAACAAAACUCGUGGGUCAUUGUUGGAUAUCCUGAACAGGAGCUCCUGAUUCCGAACUACAACGAGAGGCUAGUGGCUACAGAUAGUGACAUAAAUCUGAAAGCAAAAGACGUCCGAAGUGAGGACGCAUAUCUAAAGAGCAGGAGUUUGACGCCACCACCGCAGUUUCAAGACAAGCAUACUCCUUACGACACAAACUCAAAAACCAAUAAAAACUUAACACACGAUUCAAAACGGGAGAAGUUAAAAGAAGAAUUGAAUUUUGACGACGUACAAUUGAACCUAGCAUGUACUUCCACGCCAAAAAUGUUAGCUCCCCACGAAUACAUGAACAAACCGCGAGGCAAUAAGUCUGUAAGAGCUAAUUUGUUCGACAACUUCAAUGGCGGGUUGGUACUAAACAACCAGGACGAGAUCUUGUAUAGAGAGAGAAGUAUAGACCAAACAAAUUUGGAACGUCUUUGUGAGAGGAAGCCUGAGCCUGUGCAGUACUGGCUCUGCGAUCUGGUGGGGUCAAGCGAAAACGAGUGUAUGACCACAUUGCAGAGCAAGCCUCUUGGCACAGAGAUGCACGCCAUGGUCUCCGCCAGUUCAGCCACCAUCACUGGCAACAUUAAGAAAGUCCAAACUCACGGCCAGAUCAUAGUCCACCAAUACAGUGACGUCAUAAGACAAAUAGAAGCAAACACGUCGAGCGAGGAGCAAAUCUGCCUUCUAGUGGCAAACAUAAACGAAUUUGUGCUGACUCACAGUAUAACAUUAAACACGAAGCCCCCAGGGGAGACCCCUGAGCGAUGGGACAAGAUAAAGAAGUCCCUACAGAUGUACUUGCAGAAGUUGAUAGACAUUGGAGAAGACGUGAAGCUGGAACUCAAUGAAAGCAACACGGAAUGGAAAGUGAUACUGAAACAUUUAGACGCGCUCGCCGGGAUCUUCCUGGAGACAACAAAGGCAGUGUUGGUGCAGCAAAUGAAGACAUUGGUAUCAAUAAUCGAGGAGCCGCCAUCAGACAUGAUCCUGAAAAGCACGUUGACAUCCAUCGGUCAUCUGGCCAUGCUGAGCGAGAAUACAGAAUGCUCUCUUCACGAGAAGUGUGCUAAGAUCAUGAAGAGCAUAACGGAGCUCCCGUUCGUGGACUGCGGAGUCCCCAGGGCUCUCCUGACGGCGAUUAUAGAGAGUAAUAAGAGCUCUAUAAAGGCGCUCUCGCUGCGUGCGCUUGCGACGGUCUGUGUGACUGGGGAUGCUGUCAAGCAGUUUGAAGAGGGUGGAGGCAUCGAGAUCCUGUCGGACAUCCUGUCGGAUCGCUCCAACCCGGAACCACAGAUGCGGGAGGCCAUCACAGUCCUCACACAGAUCACAGCGCCCUGGCUGCGCGGACACUAUGACCUGACACAGCUGCACGUCUAUCUCAACACUAUUGUUGACAACAUCACUGGCCUCCUGUCCCGCACGGAAUGCUGCCAGCUCCUGCUCCUCUGCACGGCAUGCCUGGUCAACCUGGUGAGGGAACUCGAGCUGGAGAAGAAGGAGGAACACUCCAAGUCUGAUAUCGUGGAGGUGUUCACCAAACACCGCACAGUGGAGCGGCUGCUCGACGCCGUGAAACGACGCGGACCUAGCAUCUCUGUGUUCUUGCAAGAACAGACCGCGUCUCUCCUGGCGUCUCUGUCCCGCAUCCCGCGCUGCGUGUGGGCGCUGUCCCCGCAGCCGGCGCUGGGCGCGGCGCUGGUGUGCUUCGCCCGCAGCCCGCCCGCGCACGCGCCCGCGCCCCGGCAGGCCGAGAUGCGCGCGCUCGCUCGCCUGCACUGCCACGCUGCUGAGGCUAUCUCUAGACUAGCAGUAGUCCCCGAUGUAGCACACCAGAUAGUGCAACUAGAGGGGGUCCCGCACCUAACUAGGCUGGUUAGGGCGCAGAGGACCCGCCCCUCCCUCGACGUCAACCCAGACCAGACCCUCAUCCACUGCCUGAAGGCUCUGCGCACCCUCUACAAGCACCAUCCUAAUGCAUUCGACGAAUAUCAGAAAGACGUCGAUGAGAUGAUCAGGCCACACCUCAUGGAGUCGCUUAUGCUUUUCUCCGCGAAACAGGAAAGCUAUGUUUAGAUCAGACAACAGGGAGUAAAAAGACCACAAGAAGCCAAUAGGGUAUUUGACUGGGUCAAAGAUAAAUUAUAAAAUGCUAAUCUAGAAAUAGAAGCCAGUCUAAGAUGAUCAAUAAUCAAUCUCAUUUUACUUUUGGACUUAUUUUCGAAUUUUAUUUAUGAAUCAAGUAACAAUGAGUGCGACGUUUGACCACUUUUAUUGAUGACGUCACAGUACAGUAUUUCCGUACAAACUGCAAAGAAAAAAUUCGUUUUGAUGUUUUGUAAAAAGUAUCUCAUUUGACUAGGUUGUCAAGAAGCCUAUUCAUAUAAGAAAGCAAUAUUGCUAUUUGACAUUUGUUGAAAUUGCGCACUUACCUAUUUUUGUACGAGCAAAUGUCAAAUUGCAAUAUUGCAUUUUUAGAUGAAUUGCUUCAUGUGAUCUUUUUAACCCCGGUCUUCUUCGUCAUCUCUGAUGUAACCUUUUUUAGACCCCGAGUAAAACACUAAAAUAAUCGAAGGGAAAAUAUUGUAUAACUUGGAAACUUGCUGACGUCACAAGCAAAAUGACGUAAGCAAGUAUCCUGUACAUUCUAUUGUCUACAAAAUGGUUCGAAUUAUAAUUUGUGUAUUUAAAAAACAGCGUGAAAUUGACAGAUUUUUUUAUAAAUUGUUUUUCUUUGGCUGUAAAAAAUAUAUUAUAAGUGUAAUUAAUGAAGAUUGAAAUUUUCAAGAUUCUUUAAAAUAAAUUUGAAGCGAAUAUGUACUUAGUUUUGACGAGAUUCCCUUUCGUAUGAUCUACGUAAGUACUUUAUCUAGAUUAUAUGAAAGGCGACCAACAUUUUCAUAGAUUUGACUGAAUGCCAUACAUUCCACUUUUUAUUAAACUAUUAUUGUAUAUAAAAGUUUAAUCAAUUUAGUUCUAUGCUGUGUAUUUGCUUUGUAUAUACGCUAGGACUUACGUGUACCUCAUAUUUAUCAUUUUAAAAUAAUAUAUGAUAAGCGUAUUAAUCAGAGGCCAUACUUUUGAUGAUAUUAUUAUUAAUCUAACACUUAAUUACCUACUUAAUUCACUAGUCCUGUUUACUUUUAGGACACAUAGUUUUACUUUUCAAAGUACUUUAGGACAACACUUAUGUCUUUAAUGUAUUAAGAUAUUAGUACUUUUUGUACUUAUGCAUCACUAAUGUCAAAUGAUCAAAUCUCACGGAAUUACCAUUUUAUAGUUACGGAACUCUUGCAACAUUUUACCUACAUACAGAUGGUUUUUUUUUUUCAGAUUUUCUACGUCCAUAAACCUAUACACUUACUUUUUUUUAAUAGUGUGUUAUAUAAGCACUAGGUAUACUUUAUAAAAAUUGUAUAAAUAUUAUAGCGUAUGAACCGGGUAGUGUAUACCGACAUCAUUGUUAUCUGUUUAUAAUAAAGUAUAUCGUCAAUUAUAAUAAA